CGGUUCACCGACCUUCCCAAAAAAAGGGCGGCUGAUUCAUGAGACUAGUGAAUCAAUUUUAUAAAUGGCUGCUUCAUAUGACUUCUCUGGGAAAAGAGCUCUAGUUACUGGAGCUGGGAAGGGGAUUGGCAGAGGACUAGUGAUUGCCUUGAUGCGAUAUGGAGCUGAGGUAAUUGCACUCAGUAGAACCCAGGCUGACCUGGACUCACUCAAGGAAGAGGUGAAAGGGCUUAUCACAGUGUGUGCUGAUGUUAGUGACAUGGCAACGGUGAAGGCAGAGCUCUCCAAACUGAGACCUAUCCAUCUUCUGGUCAACAAUGCUGGCGUGGGGCAGCUACAGCACUUCUUGGAUGUUACACCUGAAUCAUAUGAUAGGAUUAUGGAUAUAAAUUUAAAAGCAGUCAUGUUUAUCUCACAAUUCAUAGCCCGAGGUAUGGUGGAAGGGGGCGUGGAAGGUUCCAUUGUUAAUGUCUCCAGUCAGGCUUCUCAGUGCGCACUUAAGGAGCACACUGUCUAUUGUACUGCAAAGGCUGGAUUAGAUAUGCUUACUAAAAUGAUGUCAUUGGAGCUUGGACCUCACAAGAUCCGUGUGAAUGCAGUCAAUCCCACUGUUGUAAUGACGAAUAUGGGUAGACUGGGGUGGUCCGACUCAAAGAAAGCUGGGCCAAUGCUGGACCGAAUACCAAUGGGGAGAUUUGCAGAGGUGGAGGAGAUUGUGAACCCGAUACUGUUCUUGCUAAGUGAUCAGAGUUCAAUGGUCAAUGGAACUACUCUGCCCAUUGACGGUGGCUUCCUGGCUAGUUGAUUAUAUUUGUGUGUAUAUAGAAACAUUUGUUCCGUGGCAAUUGUUUUGUACGGUUAUGAUUAAUUUUUAUGGCUUGUGG